AUGACAUCCGGCUACUCUGUACUCCAGUUAAAAGAGGAUGAUGUACUCAAAAUCCUUGCAGCUCAACUUCAUAUUGGAUCCAAAGAUGUUGACUUUCAAAUGGAUACAUACGUCUGGAAAAAAAAACCAAAAAACGAAGGUUCAACAAUAAUCAAUAUUCGUAAAUUUUGGGAAAAACUCGUACUUGCUGCUCGAGCUAUCGUUGCUGUUGAAAAUCCAGCUGAUGUUUGUGCUAUUUCAUGUCAACCACAAGGCCAACGAGCUGUAUUGAAAUAUGCAAGAUAUACGGGUGCUACAGCUAUUGCUGGUCGUUUUACACCCGGUUCAUUUACAAAUCAAAUUCAAGCUGCAUUCAAAGAACCACGUCUCAUUGUUAUAACUAAUCCAAAUGUUGAUCAUCAAGCUAUUAUUGAAGCUUCAUUUGUUAAUAUUCCAGUUAUCGCUUUUUGCGAUCCAUCAACAUGUCUCCGAAAUAUUGAUCUUGUUAUUCCAUGCAAUAAUAAGGUUAAUAAAUCAAUUGGUCUUAUGUGGUGGUUUUUGACACGUGAAGUACUUCGAUUACGUGGUGAAAUUAAUCGACAAGCUCAAUGGGAUGUUAUGGUUGAUUUAUUUUUCUAUCGUGAUCCUGAAGAAACUGAAAAAGAAGAUCAAGUUGCUGUUACAGGUCAAGAUCGUGAUACACAAGCACAUGGAAUCGAAUCAAAUUAUUAUGAUGAUGGUCCAUCAAUAAUGCCUUCUUCAGAAAAUUUUGCAGGUAAUCGAGAUAAUUGGGGUGCAUCUGCAGCUGAUGGUUGGGGUGCUGUCGGUGCCGGAACAGGUGCUGCUGAAACAAAUGAAUGGAAUGCACCAGCUGCAGCAGCCACUACCGGUGUUUCAACCAACUGGUGA